UCAAGCUAUGACGAUGGACGCAACGUAAAAAACAAAUCACCACCAAGCUGCUCUAUAAACUAUCGUAGCCAUUUGUAUAUUUCGCCACGUGUAUGGGCGACGAAUACAUAUAGCUAUUCAUUUGUUUACUAGUGAAUCAUUUUGGACCAUUUGGAUAUCACAAGUGAUUGAAUUUACCGUGGAAACAUGAAAAUACAAUAAUAAGACCAACGUUUUCCAAGUUUCACCAGAACUUCCUACAUCAGAAUGAAGGAACAGACAGAUGCUCCUCCAGACCGGGGCUGCCUGGUCGGGAUCUGUUUCUUCAUUCUGGGCCUGGGAACGUUGCUACCAUGGAACUUCUUCAUGACUGCUUCAUUGUAUUUCCAACGUCGCCUCAACACGACAGAAUGGAGCAACGGCACAGUGGUGGUCCACCAAGAGUACUACUUCAACAACUGGAUGACCCUGCUGUCCCAGCUGCCCCUGCUGCUGUUCACCCUGCUCAACUCCUUCCUCUACCAGAGAAUAUCGGAGGCCAUGCGCAUCGCAGGUAGCCUGGUUUUUAUCCUGCUGCUCUUCAUCUUCACAGCAGUGCUGGUCAAAGUGCCCAUGGCGGGAGACCACUUCUUCUCUGUCACCAUGGCUACUAUCUGGUUCAUCAACUCCUUUGGUGCCGUGCUGCAGGGCAGUCUGUUCGGCCUGGUGGGUCUGCUGCCUCAGAAGUACAGCACCGUCUUCAUGAGCGGCCAGGGCCUCGCCGGGACCUUCGCUGCCAUCGCCAUGCUGCUCGCCAUAGCCAGCGACGCAGAAUAUGAGACGGCAGCGUUGGGUUACUUCAUCACGCCGUGUGUGGGGACGCUGGUCACGCUCUGCAGCUACGUGCUGCUGCCCCGCCUGGAGUUUGCUCGGCAUUAUCUGAACAAAAGCAUCAAGUAUGAGGCAGACACCACGGACGAGUUGCUGAAAGAGAGCAGCACAGUGGAGAACGGGAAGGUGAAUGGCCAUGCUAACGGCACAGUGACCAGCAGCACAACCAAUGGUGACAGUGCAGCUGAGGCUGAAGGGGACCCCGGUACAGACGGGCCGAAGCACGCCUUCCUGUCGCUGGAGCAGGUCCAGAAAGUGCAAGCUAAGGCCUCGGUCAUAGAAGUCUUCAAAAAGAUCUGGGUGAUGGCGUUCUGCGUGACGUUUGUCUUCACGGUCACGCUGUCCGUCUUCCCUGCUGUCACUGCAGAUGUCAGGACCUCAUUCCCAGGAAAAUGGGAGCGCUUCUUUAUCUCGGUGUGCUGCUUCUUAAUUUUCAACAUCCACGACUGGUUUGGUCGCACCAUCACCACCUUGAUACGUUGGCCUCGCAAGGAGUCUCGUCUGUUCCCGCUGCUCGUUGUCUCCAGGGUGGUGUUCGUCCCUCUGCUGAUGCUCUGUAACGUCCAGAAUCGCUCCUUCCUUCCCGUCUACUUCGGCCACGAUGCUGCUUUCGCGACCAUCAUGGCUCUCUUCUCUCUGUCCAGUGGCUACUUCGUCUGCCUUUCCAUGUCCUACGCACCACAGUUGGUGGAGCCGAAGGACGCGGAGACAGCCGGAGCCCUGAUGACCUUCUUCUUAGCCCUGGGUCUGUCCAUAGGAGCGGCCCUGUCCUUCCCUCUCCGAGCUCUGAUUUAGUCACACACGCAUACAGCACUGCAUAGACACUGUAGAAUAUUUUGACUGGAGGAGGAAAUAGGAUUUUUUUUUUUGCCCCUCCUGGACGACCUUGUUUUUUCCCAUUCAUCCGUCAGAUGCUGUGUGUUUCUGUUACGGCAUGACCGCCUUGACAACCAUGCACUCUGGGAUGAAGUGGCUUUGGUCAUGAAAGACUGACCAGGUUCCCUUUUCAAAGUAGGAAUAAGGGAAAUACAGUACGUUACUGCUGGUUAUGUUACCUGCUGCUUACUCGAAUACAAAGGUUGGGAAGUUUUCCUCUCCGUGCAGCUCUCAUUGGACUGACUUUUGUUUGGCUUUUUAUGUUGACUGUUUCUACAUUGUUAGAUGUAUUUAUGUUUAAUUUAGGUUAGUAGUUGUUUAUUUGAUUGAUUGUUAGGUUUAUUACAUUAUGUAUUUCUGAUGUAUUUUUCUUCCUAGGAUUACUUUUGUAUUUUUGAAUACAAUAGCUCUGUUAUAUGAGUAGAACAAACCAAGAAAUAUUUGUAAUAUUGUUCUGUAAAUUUGCAAUGGAAGGUUGAUGUUCUGCCUCAUGGGCAUGUAUGGAUUACUGAACGGGGCCGACUGGGCACAGGCUCAGGGGCCCAAGCAAAAGAGACGCAAAUAGACACAAAAUGUUUGUGGUUGUUUUGUGUCUCUUUCAGUCUGGGGGUUCUGCUUCUUUUUAAAAAUGAUCGGGGGGCCUUUAACAUGUCUUUCCCCAGGAGUCUGUUGUUUUAUUAUUCGUCCAUGCUCAUGGGACAAUUCCUGUUUUAUUUCACCUCCCUGUCUGCUCUCCAGUGCAGCAAUGCAAAGCUGCAGCAUCUCCAGCAUCUUAGCUACUACUGCCAUCUACUGGUCAAAAGACUUCAGCCCUUCAGAACUUCAAUUCCUUUGCUGAAAAAGCUCAGCGUUUUUAGGUUAUUACUGACAGGAAAUGGAGUUUACAGCACUCAAGGACGUUUUUCGUGCCAGAUUUUAGGUUAACAGGUUAAAUGAGUAUAUCCACACUCCUGUCAUGUCCCCGAGCUGCCGCCGACACCACGAUGCACCUCUUGGCUAAAAACAAAAAGUAGGUUUACUUUCAGUUACUGUAACUUCUCUUGAGAACACCUGGCAGCUGCUGUCUCGUUACUAAAUGUAGUGAUGCUGCAGUUCAUGUGGAAAUUAGAAUAUUUGUAUUGUACAGAUAUUGUAGUCAAAUAGUAUAGGUUUCUUUUUAGACAUUGCUACCAAUGUGCCAUGCUCCAAGUAAAUCCGUUCACUAUUGUUCAGAUUAUCUUUCUCAUUGUAGUGCAGAAAAUAUCUUCACAUGUAUAGGAAUUAGUUAUUGGUGUAGAUUUGUUUACGUUUAUGAUCAGAUUCACAGUCUAUAUAGAAUGAACUUUUAUUUUUUGCUUAAGUGCCCAAUAAGCAUUCAUUUAUUAUUCAUGAUUUGUAUUUACUGAAUCUGUAAAGGAAGAGAUUCAUGAGUGUGAGUUUACUGUAUGAGGUGAAUCAUGUACAGGCUGCUGCUUCAAAUGGUACCAAUGAAGGGAGCAAUAAUAUAAUUAAUAGGACCAUGUUAUUUUUAAAACUUGACUUGAUUUGUGCUGCAUUCACGUCCAAGUGGGAAUUUACGACCCAAACUGAACAAACGUGCAUUUAUAUAUAAGUUAAUGGUCUACAGUUAAAUAUGGCAAUGUGUUGACGAUUAAACCUCAACCACAUAAAUUCAGUAGGAAGAUGAAAUGAACCAUAUUUCCAACAGAAUGUCAAUACAGCUUGAGUGUUUGGGAUGAGGAACUCGGGCCUUGUUGCUGCAAUUUUACACCGUGUUCCCAAUAGAAGAAUUCAAACUCCGUUAUUGUUUAAUAGAAUUAUUUUUUUUUUUUUACUUCUAAACUUGAAGAAUGUAGUUCUCUGGAAGAUAUUCUAAUAAUAUGUUACAGUCAUAAUUGGCCUUAAUAAUAAUGAAACCCAGUUUUAAAAUGUGCAUGUUGUGUUCACAUCAUGUAAAUACUGCUGUCUGCCUCCUGGUAAUUACUCUGCUGCUAAAUGCAGAUGUGUCAACAUGGAGCACAGAACAGCUGGAAAUCCUUCAACAAAAAACUCCUCUUUGGUCGAUGCAUUGAAAGCAACACGUCACACUAUUGUUUUCUCUGAUACGGUGCAACCGCAUCAUUAAUACUUAAUGUGAUCCAUUAUGUGCAGUUCACUUGUGCGCCAUACAAACAGAUGCCGGCAGACACACACACAGGAUCUUGAUUGAACUACCAGAUGAUGUGAGUUAGAGUAAAGGGAAUUAAUGCAUGUGCAUAAUGUUUAUUUAGAGAUUUGACUGUCAAUAAAUGGAUGCUUUCAACUAG